UCACACUUCAGUGGAGGUCUGUUUCGUUCAGACAAGGUACCGUCAUGACUUCUCUUCCUUAAGCUUUUUCGAUAAAUAUAGUAGGUAUUUGUGGAUUACGGUCAAACUAGCACAGCCGUUGGAUAGUAAAUUCAGAUACCUAAUGAUAUAUCUCCAUUAAAAGCAGAUAAGAACUAAUAGAUGGAAUUAUUUCAACAUUCCUUAAUGACAUCUUUUUUAGCUGCCAAUACACGAUAAGUUAAGGAUAUGGUUCACAAUCUGCCAAGGACCAUACCUGAAAAGAAGCUAUCGCGUUAACUCUUUUCAAAAUUCAGUUUAUAAUACACCUUACUAUUGAGACAAGCCACAUCAGACGAUAAUACCUGCUGGGGCAUAUAAAUAAUGUAGCGUGUUGUGGUAAAAUAUGAAUAGAGGAGACGUUAUGAAGCUUCUCCUUGAAGUUGGAGGAACUCGAGCAUUUUGCAUAAAAUGCAGUAAAAGCAUUUAUGUUUCUCUCUGAAAUGUUAGUACUUCCUCUCAGUCUCUUUUGAUGCUGCCGUAUGUUGUUGGAGCUCGCAACAGAUGUCGCUGUUAUAAAGUAAAGCAGAGUAUUGAUUUAUGAGUACCCUGCCCGAGUAUUCUGCGAGAGUAACACGCACUAAACACAUCGGUAUUUUCUUGAAAUAUUGUAAUCAUGCGUUUUUGUGUUAUGAAAGAAUGUGCAAAUGAAAGUAAGAGCAAGAAUGUGGCAAAUGGGGGUGUAUCGUAUCACCGAUUCCCUAAGGACUCUACCCUCAAAAAGGAAUGGGUAAAGGCUACAGGUAGAGACCAAUGGAGGCCGUCGCGGUCAAGCUUUGUAUGUUCCGAUCAUUUCGAAAAAAAUAACAUACACGUCUCCAAAAAAGGCUACAAAUACUUAAGCGAUAGAGCGAUUCCAAUACAGGAUAAUAUUUUUUUUCAGGAUCCAAAAGAGAUGCAGACGGAUGGCGAAGAACAUGCUUCUGGGAAUGAGCCCACAUCUUCCAUAAUGCUACCCCCGAGUGAAAUAGAGGACGUAGAAAAUUCUGGACUUUCCAAGGACCUGCCGAAAAACGAAAUUAUGAAUAAAACCGGAGAAUCGGAAGAGAAUCCUGGAGCUUACAAGAACCUGUCCCAGGAUGAAAAAGUGAAACAAGGAGGAGAACCGGAAGAGGAUUCUGAAGCUUACAAGAACCUGUCCCAGGAUGAAAUAGUGAAACAAGGAGGAGAACUGGAAGAGGAUUCUGGAGCUUACAAGAACCUGUCCCAGGAUGAAAUAGUGAAACAAGGAGGAGAACUGGAAGAGGAUUCUGGAGCUUACAAGAACCUCUCCCAGGAUGAAAUACUGAAAAAGGCAGGAGAACCGGAAGAUAAUUCUGGAGCUUACAAGAACUUGCACCAGGAUGAAAUAAUGACAGAUGGCUUAGCACCAGCAGUGGCGCAAGGGCCUUCUAACGACGUGCCCCAGAUGGAAAUAAGGAUUGAAGACGGAGAACCGGCUGAGAAUCCAAAGCAUGACAAGAAACGGUGCAAGAAACGAUGUAAGAAACGAUGCAAGAACCGCUACAAGAAUCAUGAAUUGAAAGAAGAAGCUCUGGGAGCACCUAUGCCUUUAGAAAAUGAAGCAGAGAAGGAAGGUGGAGCAGAAGGAGGGCUGAACCUUGCUCAAUAUGAAAUAGUGGCAGAAGGAGUUCCGGAAGAGAAUUCUGGAACUUACAAAAACCUGCCCGAGGAUGAAGUAUUAAAAAACGCAGGAGUCCCGGUAGAGGAUUCUGGGACUUACAGAAACCUGCCCCACGAUGAAAUUAUAAAGGGGGCAGGAAUCCCUUUGGAGAAUUCUGGAAAUUACAAAAACCUGCCUCCGGAUGAAAUUGUAAAAGGCGAAGGAGUCCCAGUAGAGAAUUCUGGAACUAACCAAAACCUGCCCCACGAUGAAGAAAUGAAAGGUGUAGUACCGGCAGAGGCAGCAGGGUCAUCUAAAGAUGUGCCCCAUGUGAUCAUAAUAAAGCUCGCAGACGACCCGAGACUAGACCCGGCUGUGAAGCCAAAGCAUGACAAGAGACGUUGCAAGAAACGUUGUAAGAAACGAUGCAGGAACCGUUGUAAGAAUCAUGAAAUGAAAGAACUUGCUCCAGAAGCAGAAGGGCAUUUUAAGAAUGAAGUAGAGCUAGAAAGAGACGCGGCAGUAGCGCAGGCGGGAGCUUCCCGAAAACGGCACCAUAACGGAGACAGGGAAGCAGCACCGAACCAACAAGAACGAGUAGUGGUUAAGAAAGCUCGUAAUGAUAAUGAUCCUGUGCCAAACCAAAACCCUCCAAAGAUGUCAUCAAAAGAAAAACUGUACAAACUAUUGAGGUGGAAUCAUGAGAAAAUCAAGAAACAGCAUAUAAAGAUCAAAAAUUUGCAAACGUUGAAUCGCAACCUGACUCAUAACGUUAGAGUACUUGAAGAGUUUGUAAAAAUUCUUGAUGACAGGAUUAACAUGACAAAUGAAGAUCUCUUUAACUUUAAAAUGACCCUACGUUAAAUGUCGAGUUUGAAAAGAAAAAUACUCGAACUCCUGUGUUUCCAAUAGGGUGAAUAAUUUUUCACCCUUAAGAAUUCAAAUGAAAUUCAUUUAUUGUCCUCAUUCAUUCAUAUUAAAAAAAAUGUCCAUCAAACCAUUUUCAAGUCUGAAAUAAUUAUAGUAAUAUAUUUCGGUUAGAACAUAGUAAAAGCGUGAAGUAAUCAACGGACGUUAAGUGCGUAUAGCUAUUUCUCCGCCACAACGAUGCUCGAGUACAUGGUGCUUUCCGCAAAACAAAACCUACAAUUAACAAAAAUAUUACGAAUGAACAAUUUAUUAAGAUUGAAUAAGGACAAUAUUUAAUUAUCAUCGGAAAAUCUUCAGCUGUUCUUUCCUGACCUUUAAACGUAAUAACCAUAAUCAUAUAUAAAUAUGUUACUCGACUUUAAUAUUGCGGAUAUCGUGUUAGGUAUAUAGAGAACGUAAAUGAUAUUCGAUGAGCCAGUUAUUCAGGCAGGUUAUUAAUGACAGCCCUUAAGAGCCGAGGAAAAAAGACAGGCAGCACUGCGAAACACAGCUAGUUAAAAAUAUAAAUACAGGGGAGUUUCAAAAACUGCGUGAAUGGCCAAAUUCAAAAUUAUUAUCGGCUUAAACCCGAAUAAAUAAAAUGUUUAUUAUAUUUGUAAAAUCACGGUAGUGGCAGCAUUUUAAAAGAUGAUUAAUAGAUAUAAACUGUAUUUAUAAGUAGUGGAAAAUAUUUUUUUGUCUUCUGAUAAUAAUAAUAGCUACCACAAAAAAAAUGCAAUUAACGCCAUCUAGCGUUAAAAAGUCGGACGACACUCGACGAUUUUUCGAUUUGUCAUCAUAAAAUUUCAUCUAUAGAAUAGGAACUCGAUGUUUUUGUGUUAAGUCUUUGGAGGCUUGUCAUAAGACCUAUUUCUCAUUAAAGUCACGUAACUUAUAAAGUUGCAUUUUGCCAUCAAAUAAUAGUAGAUGUCGGUAAUAAUGUAUCUCCAGAAUGACUUUAACCUAGUUUUAUGUAAGCAUAAUAAUUAAUCAAUAAUGAAAAGACGUAAUUUUAUGCAAUUUUCAUUCAUAUAAUUGUGAAUAUAGAUUCGGUGUACUUGGUACCAUCAAUUGCAGACAAAUUCUAAAAGUAGCUAGGUGUCUCAUAUUAGCAUGCACAUAGAGCAUGGCCAUGGCUGCAUAUGACAACAAUAUCAAGAUACAUUAACAAAAAAAAAAACAAUUAUUCUGUCAUUACAGUUACACCAUCUGUUGUAAGUCAGUCUUUUUCAAUAUUUUGUUGUGUUGUGUAAUUAAGUUUAAUUGUCUGAACUGUUUCCUAUAAGUCAAGAAAUUAAACCUAUUGACUGGGUUUAGUAUACAUUUUAAGCAAUUCAAUUAUUUUAUUUUCUACUAGUAAUUUUGUAAACAAUUAGUGAACUUGUACAAUAUAACCUUCUUAGUUAAUUUUUUUCUUCAGUAACAAAAUAGUACACUACAUUUCAAUUACACAUUUUUAUUUAGUGUAACACUUUUUGACAUUGGAAACUUAUAAUAAUAUCUUAGGUUUAAGGAUUGUAAUCAUUUCAAUACACAUAAUAAUAUAAUUGUAGAUGAAAA